GGAAGUAACUACUAGAAGUCACAUUCAACAUGGCGGCGGAGCUGUCAAUUUUCACCGUGGAUGCGUUUACCGCCCAACCUUUUACCGGAAACCCGGCUGCUGUCGUUUUGGUACCUGGCUCAACGGAUCUCCCCGAUGUGCUACAGCAGACGAUAGCGUCCGAAAUGAACCUGUCCGAAACCGUGUACAUCCGGACACUUCCGGAUGGCGGGGAUUUCAAGACAGGUUGCCGGUUCGGGAUCCGCUGGUUCACGCCUACCAACGAGGUGCCCCUAUGCGGCCACGCUACACUCGCCUCCGCAGCCGUCCUCUUCUUUUGUCAAGGGAACACGAAUCCCACACUGACGUUCGAGAGCGCGAGCGGUCCGCUGUCUGCGCGGAGGACCGGAAGUGGCAUCACGCUCGAUUUCCCGCUCAAUCCCGUGCAACCUUUCACGCGGGCCGCAAACAUCAUCAAGCUAUUAAGUGGAGCAAGCGUAAUAACAAAGAGUGUGUGGUGUCCUCGGUAUUUGGUGUUUUCGCAGGAAAUAUGCGAGCCCUCACACGUCCAGGAUGUUCAGUAUUCUCCCGCCACCAAGAAACUUGUGCUGCGCCUACAAGACAAUCUGUCAAGGGAUUAUCUGGAAUCAUUGUCCCCGGACACCCGAUCACUCCAAGCCAGUGACGUCAGCGGUGACGUCAAAGGAGUGAUAGUGACAUUGAAGGGUACACCGGAAGCAGCUGACUACGACUUCCUUUCGCGGUAUUUCGCGCCUUGGAACGGGAUUCCGGAAGAUCCUGUCACAGGGUCCGCCCACACGGUUCUGGCUGACUACUGGCGGGGGCAACUGGGCAAGUCCUCAUUCAAAGCUCGACAGUGCUCCCCGAGGGGUGGGGAUCUUGGCGUGGCCAUUGUAGGGGACAGGGUUGAACUAACCGGAAGUGCCUGUGUCGUCAUGCGCGGGCAUCUUCUCAACGUUACCUAAGAUACCAAAACAGGCGGAGUCUGCACAAUCGUUUAUUUUUUAUGUGUGUAUGUAUGUCAAUUAUCCACCGUUCCUGUUGAUGCGCCAUUCAUAAAAUUAAUUAUAUUUUUCCUAAAUAAACCAGUAAACUAUU